AUGGCAAAUUCAUGUCCAGAACAUGAUGCAUUUUUUGAUGCCCCUGAAGAAAUUUCUUCGGAAUCUAGUGUCGCAUCAGAUGAUUCGGAUAGUUAUACAUCUAAACUGCAGCAUAGUGAUACUGAUAAUGAACUCAACAGUUCACACUACAGUAUUUGGAGUGUAAAUCCGAUAAGCAUUGAUGAACGUCGAGAUGCAUUCUUAAAAAAGACGGGUUUUGUAUUAGAUCGAUGUCAUACAGCACGAGAAGGUCCUGAUGAUGGAACCGAGCAUGUAAAACAAAAGGAUUCUCCUUGUCAGAACUCUCGAUUUAUAGAAAAUCAAGAUAUGAUGUGGAGAAUUCAAAGCUUGGAUGUGGCAAGAGGGUUUGAUGAAGACGAAACAGACAAUGAAGGAACUCUUAAGGAACUAGAUGAAGCUGAUCGAAAUAGUUCUACUUGUCGCAAUGGAUUUAGGGGGAAAUUCGAAUCGUAUGAAUCAGAAAAAGGAAUGGAUAGGGUGGGUGAGGGGAAGCAACAAGACAACAAAGAAAAUUGGUUGAAGAAAUUUAGCUUCAAAGCUUCAAACAUGUUUAACAAAGAUAAAGAAGUGAAGGAAGUUUUACGCCAACACAAAUUCUUAGGGUCAAGAAAUCAACGAGUUCGUGUUCGGUCUCACAAAAAAUGGUCGAAGGAGUUAAGUUCAUUAUACAAGAAACAAGAAAUUCCUGCUCACAAGGGUUCGAUAUUGGCGAUGAAAUUUAGUCCGGAUGGAAAUUACCUUGCAACGGGUGGGGAAGACGGAACUUUAAAUGUAUGGAAGGUGGUUGAAGAUCAAAAGUUGAUAGAUUUUGACCUUGUGAGUUCUAGUGCUGUAUCUGCAUUUCUGAAUUUUUCUGUAAAUGGGAUUCCAAAUAUGGCUUGCUAUCUCAAGUUUAAAGAGGGAAAAAAUGUGAUGAAUAAGCUGAAGAAAUCCUCGGAUUCAGCAGGGAAUGGGAUCAUGAUUCCUCGUAAAGUGUUUCAUAUAUUAGAGAAGCCUGAGCAUGAGUUUCGUGGGCACGAAGGCGACAUCCUGGAUAUCUCCUGGUCUAAGAAUGGGCAUUUGCUUUCCUGCUCAGUCGACAAAACAGUGCGGUUGUGGAAACUAGGACAUGACCAAUGUCAAAGAAUUUUUCCUCACAAUGAUUUCGUAACUUGUGCACAGUUCAAUCCCAUGGAUGAUGACUAUUUCAUCAGUGGUUCUAUUGACGGAAUUGUUCGAAUCUGGGAUGUUCUGAGAGGUCAAGUGGUUGAUUGGAUAGAUAACAAAGAAAUCGUCACUGCAAUUUGCUAUCGCCCUGAUGGAAAGGGAGGUAUUAUUGGUUCAAUGGUGGGAAACUGCUCUUUAUUUGAUAUUGCAGAUGACUAUCUGCAUCGGGUAUCAAUUAUAUUCAAGCAAGGCAAGAAGACGGUAUCCUGCAAGCAGAUAACUGGUUUUCAGUUUUCACCUAGUAAUCCAAGUGAAGUAGUAGUUAGCUCAGCGGACAACCUAGUCCGAGUACUUGAGGGAGCUAAUAUCAUCUGCAAACUUCGAGGUUCUCUUCCACUAAUUGAUCGAGGAAGCCAAGUGAACGCAUCUUUCACAGCUGACGGGAAACACAUAAUAUCAGCCACAGAUGAUUCAAAUGUUUAUGUCUGGAACCAUCUUAGCAACGGAAGAAUUCCAAACAACAAACCCAGAAAUAUAUGGUCUUCUGAAAGUUUCAUUUCCCCCAAAGCUCUUAUAGCCGUGCCAUGGCAUGGGAUUGCAUCAGCCUCAGCACUACAAUUGCCCUCAACAACAUACAGACAACCAAAUACGACAGCAAGAUAUAGCAACCAAGAAUCUCCUGAUGCACGUGACUGUCACGCAAUGCAACAUGAUGAAGUGGGCAUGGAUUUACAAAGAUCCGAGUCAACUGAUGUAAUGCCUCCCAUGGGAGACUUCGAUUAUGAUUUCCUGAGAAAUGUAUGUGAGAGCAUUGUGAAUGGUUCUCACAUGUGGGGUCUAGUGAUAGUAACUGGAGGUAAAGAUGGUCUGAUCAGGACUUUUCAUAACUAUGGUCUGCCUGUUCGAUUUCCGACAGGAAAGUCUCUCCGAUCUUCAUUAUCUUUUUCUAAUUUUAGAAACCGUUGUAAAGAGAACUGUACUAAUAUAAAAGGUUCAACUAGUUUUAAUCGAUAG